CUCCACAUACAAAAUGCCUUUGUUAUAAGCCAACCGCCCACUUCCUUAAUCCACAAGUCAUGACAUGCUCUGUCACAGCUGCUUCAUAAAGCAGUCUGAAAAUGAGCCAUGGAAAAAGAUCAGCCUUCCUUCUAUUAUUCCAAUCAAAUCCAAAAUCAAAUCCCACCCUGAGAAAGCAAGAGAAAAAGGAAUAAACCCAUUCAAAAGAAAACAACUUCCUCAUCACCACAAUAUUCUCACAUUGAGAGAUAUAUAAAUAGGCAGGGCAGCCAUGGAGUUUAAUGUGGAGUAUUCAGGGAGGAAACUAGAAGCAGCAGCAGCAGCAGCAGAGGUCCUUGGAAAAUGAAACAAGCUGUGCAACAACUUCAACUUGGGUACCAGGAUUUCGAGCCGACGGCGGAUUGGUUGAGAAAUGAUGCUGAAUCUCACACCUUCCUCCUCUACCUUCCAGGUUUCAGGAAGGAGCAACUGAAGGUUCAGGUGACAUCAGCUGGAAACCUGAGGAUAAGUGGAGAAGGUCCCAUUGUUGGCGACAAUAGAAUCAGCCGGUUCAGACAUGAAGUCUCCAUCUCAUCAUCAUUGUAUGACAUUGAUGGGAUUGCUGCAAAGUUCGAAGGUGGCGUGCUUCGGAUCAAACUCCCCAAGAAGCAGCAGCCACAGGAAUCUGAGCCUCUGAAGAAGGCAGAUGAACAAAUGCCACAGAAAGAUCAAACAGAUUCAGAAUCGAAUCUGGAGAAACCUAAUCCGCCUACUGAUCCAAAAGUUUCAGCAACGGAUGGCCCUGGAAAUGGCACUUUGAAUGAUCACAAGACUACUCCUCAGGAUGCUGAAGCUGUGAAGCAGGAAACAGCAACUGAAGUUUCGUCCCCCGGUGUAGUGUUGAAUUACAGGGAGUUCUUUGAUGGGAUUGUGACGAAGUUGAAGAUGAUCAAGAGGAGCGAAUCGGCAGGCAUUGUCAUGGCAGCAGGAUUGAUGGGUCUGGUAGUGGGAUUUUGCCUGGAAAAGGCAGUCAGGUCGUUCCAGAGCGGAACAGGGGAUGUAGCUUCAUGAAGAAUGCUUAAACAGUACCAAUUUGGUUUGUCAAGAAAUGAAUUUGAAAAUGGUGCAUGUUUGUGCAGAUGCUGAGAAAACAUUAAUGUUAUGAUAACAUAAAUAAAUAACCUUCAGCUUUCAGGAAUGAGAUGGAUAAACUGGAAUCUAGCUCAAUUCAAUAUAUUCAAACUGCAACA